AUAUUUUAGUUUUGUUAAUAUGAGACGGAGUAUAUAUAUAGUAUUAGUAGUUGCGGAGUUUUGGUGCAUAUAUCAGGCUCUAUAUUGGUGACAUGGAGUUCUUUUCACUGGAAACUAAUUUGGAGAACGAUCUAAAUAACAUGAGGAAGUAUUAUGAGAGUGGAAAAACAAAAGAAGCGUCAUGGAGAGAAUCACAACUAAAAGGGUUGCGUAACUUUGUCAUAGAAAAUGAGGAGAAUAUCUUGAAGUCCCUUAAGAAGGAUUUAGGGAAGCAUCAUGUUGAGGCUUUUAGAGAUGAGGUUGGAAUUUUAAAGAGAUCCAUAGAUUUGGCAAUAAAAUCCUUCAGAAAAUGGAUGUCUGGCAAAGAGGCUAAACUGCCACAAAUAGCAUUGCUUUCAAGUGCAGAAAUUGUUGCUGAGCCUCUUGGUCUAGUUCUCAUAAUCUCAUCAUGGAAUUUUCCGUUUGGAGUGUCCUUGGAGCCAUUAAUUGGAGCUGUAGCUGCUGGAAACAUUGUAGUUCUAAAGCCUUCAGAGAUGGCCCCUUUUUCAUCUUCACUUCUAGGCACUGUUCUACCAAAUUAUUUGGACAUUAAUGGCAUUAAGGUCAUUGAAGGUGGACCAGAGGUGGGAGAGCAACUCCUACAUAAAAAAUGGGACAAGAUUUUCUUCACAGGAAGUGCACGAGUGGGGAGGAUUGUUAUGUCUGCAGCAGUGGAGCAUCUGACUCCUGUAACUUUGGAGUUAGGUGGAAAAUGUCCAGCACUGCUUGAUUCACUUUCAACUUCUUGGGAUAGAGAGAUGGCUGUGAAACGAAUAUUGCUUGCAAAGUACGGGUCUUGUGCAGGACAAGCAUGCAUAGCAAUCGAUUAUGUCCUUGUAGAAAAGAGUUUCAGUUCCACAUUGGUGGAAUUAUUGAAGGAAAACAUUCAGAAAAUGUUUGGAGAUAACCCAAAAGCAUCCAACACCAUUGGAAGGAUUGUUAAUAGAAAACAUUGCAACAGAAUCAAGAGUCUUCUCAAUGAACCUAAGGUCAAAGAAUCAGUGGUUUUUGGUGGUUCUAUGGACGAAGAUGACUUAUUUAUGGAACCAACAAUAUUACUGGAUCCACCACUUGAAUCAGCAAUCAUGACAGAAGAAAUCUUUGGGCCCCUACUUCCCAUAAUCACACUGGAAAAGAUUGAAGACGGUAUUCAGUUCAUAAACUCAAAGGGUAAACCUCUAGCAAUUUACGCCUUCACGAAAAACCAAACUCUUCAGAGAAGAAUGCUAUCAGAAACAUCAUCUGGGAGUAUUGUUUUUAAUGAUGCAAUUCUACAGUAUGUAGCAGAUACCCUCCCAUUUGGAGGAAUUGGUGACAGUGGAUUUGGCAAGUAUCAUGGGAAGUUCUCCUUUGACACAUUCAGUCACCAUAAGGCUGUGGCUAGAAGAAGUUACUACACUGAUUUUUGGUUCAGGUUUCCUCCAUGGAAUCUUAACAAGUUCCAACUACUUGAAGAAGCUUACAAUUUAAACUACAUUGGAAUGCUUCUUGUCUUACUUGGCUUAAAGAGAUCAAAACGCUCAUUAUAUAUGGCUUGUAAUUGAUUGCCAAAAGUUUCAUAAUCACUUCCCUAUUUAUUUUAACAAGGAUCAUCCAAUAAGGAUAGCUGGAUCAAGUUAUUAUGUAUUUCUAGACUUAUGAGUUAUGAUGAUAUUUAUGCUAUUAAUAAAUAAAUAAAUUCAAGUGUAUUUUUUCUUU